GAAUUAUUGUUUAUAGUUUGAAUUUUAACAAGCGUUUUAAGUAAAGAUUUUAAAUACAAUUUCAUUGGUAUUUGUGUUGGGACUUCUAAUCAAUCAUGGCGGAAAUGAUGAUGAGCCCCGGAGAUAUUCCGAUGGCAGAUCCCAAAGCUCAAAUGAACCAAUGGCAGCAAGGUGGAUGGGAUUCUGGUAUCAACUCAGGAGCAACAACUGCCAAUCCAUCAGUCACUGGAACAGUGGAUGACUACACAGACACCGAGCAAGUUUUGCGAGAAUGGCAAAGGGAAUUAACCAUGGAAGAAGCAAAUCAAUUGAGUGACCAAUUUGCUCGUACUCGCGCCGACAGAGUUCGAGAUGUUCUUUUCCCUGAAACCUCAAUGGAUGAUGGAUCCAUGCAGCAGAUUCCGAGCACACAAUUUGAUCCCAACAAUCCAACUGCUGUUCAAAGAUUGGCAGAACCAUCUCAAAUGCUGAAACAUGCUGUUGUUAAUAUUAUCAACUAUCAGGAUGAUGCUGAUCUUGCUACAAAAGCAAUUCCAGAGCUAACCACUCUACUCAAUGAUGAAGAUCAGGUUGUCGUGCAACAAGCUGCACAGAUGGUUCAUAUGCUUUCUAAGAAAGUUGCAAGCCGUCAGGCUAUCAUGAAUAACCCUGGAAUGAUUGCUGCGCUUGUGAGAGCAAUGCAGAAUUCUAGCGAUCCUGACACACAAAGGUUUUGCACUGGAGCUCUUCAUAACCUUUCACAUCAUCGUCAAGGCUUGCUUUCUAUUUUCAAAUCUGGAGGCAUUCCUGCAUUGGUCAAAAUGUUAAGCUCUCCCAUCGAGUCUGUUGUGUUUUACGCAAUUACCACUCUCCAUAACCUUCUGCUUCACCAAGAAGGGUCAAAAAUGGCUGUCAGACUUGCUGGAGGAUUACAGAAAAUGGUUUCACUUCUUGCAAAAGAUAAUGUCAAAUUUUUGGCUAUCGAUACAGACUGUCUUCAGAUCUUGGCUUAUGGAAACCAAGAAAGCAAGCUCAUCAUUUUGGCAAGUGGAGGCCCACAAGAACUUGUAAGGAUCAUGCGUACAUACAACUAUGAAAAACUUCUAUGGACAACAAGCCGUGUUCUCAAAGUUCUCUCAGUUUGCCAGAGCAACAAGCCAGCAAUUGUUGAAGCAGGUGGUAUGCAGGCUCUUGGAAUGCAUUUGAGAUCAAACUCUCAAAGACUCGUACAAAACUGUCUUUGGACCCUGCGUAACUUGUCGGAUGCUGGUACAAAACAAGACCAAACUGAGAAUCUGCUUCAAAUGCUGGUCCAGCUUCUUGCAUCGAACGAUGCCAAUGUUGUGACAUGUGCCGCAGGAAUUCUAAGCAAUUUGACUUGUAACAAUAUGAGAAAUAAAACCCACGUCUGCCAGGUUGGAGGUAUCGAAGCACUUGUUCGCACUGUGCUUCAAGCUGGUGAUCAUCAGGACAUUACUGAACCUGCUGUAUGUGCUCUGCGUCAUUUGACUUCUCGUCAUCCUGAUGCUGAAAUGGCACAAAAUGCAGUGCGUCUGCAUUACGGACUUCCAGUUUUGGUGAAAUUGCUUCACCCUCCUUCAAGAUGGCCAUUGAUCAAGGCGGUCAUCGGACUCAUUCGUAAUCUUGCCCUCUGUGGAGCAAACCAUGCUCCUCUUCGUGAACAUGGUGCCAUUCCUCGACUUGUUCAACUUCUUAUGCGGGCUCAUCAGGACUCUACACGUAGAUCAAGCUUGACUUCAACCAUGAGUCAGCAGCAACCUACAUAUGUGGAUGGUGUUCGUAUGGAAGAGAUUGUUGAAGGUACAACAGGUGCUUUACACAUCUUGUGUCGUGAACCUCACAGCCGAGCUGUCAUCUGUGGUCUCAACACCAUACCACUCUUCGUACAGUUGUUGUAUUCACCGAUUGAAAACAUUCAGCGUGUGGCAGCAGGUGUACUCUGUGAACUGGCGCAAGAUAAGAAUGCCGCUGAUGUGAUUGAAAAUGAAGGUGCCACUGCCCCAUUGACUGAUCUCCUCCACUCGAAGAAUGAAGGAGUUGCAACCUACGCAGCUGCCGCUUUGUUCCGUAUGUCUGAAGACAAAUCACAGGAUUACAAGAAAAGAUUGUCCGUAGAACUAACCACUUCAUUAUUCAAGGACGAUGGAGCAAUGUAUAAUCAAGGUGAUAUGAUGGGAGCUCUUCUCAUGGAUGGUUACUCUGUUCCAUUAUCACAUCAUAGUUCUUCUGCCAGCUCAAUGCACAACUCUCAUCACUCGGGGUAUCCACCACCCCAAGGGCAGCCCAUGGAUUAUGGACAUCCCCAACCAGGAUAUGGAGUUCCUAUGGACCAGGGUUUACCAGAGCUAGGUGACGUCAACCUGGACAUACCAAUGCACCAUGGACAAGGACAAGCCAAUGAUUUGGAGUGGCUUGAUACUGACUUGUAGAUGCAGACUCUUUGAAGAACUUUGUUGUAUAUAUAGACAGACAUCUGGACAAGAAUUCGCACAAACUCAUAAUCAUUUUACUCAACUGCGAGAAUGGCCAAAAUGUACAACAGAUUUUAUACUUGUAUUUAAAAUAUCAUGUAUUAACAGAAUACAAAAAAAAACAAUUUGUAAUGUGCCUAAUUAUGCCUUUAUCACAUCCGAUCAUUGUACAAAGCCAGCCCUAGUAUUGUAUACAUCUGGUAUGGCACCAUUGUUUUAGCAACGUUUUUAUAGUUAUCUGUAUGUCUUUUAUUUUAUGUAUGUAACUAUACUUUUACCAAUGGUAUGCUUGAGAGUGGAUCUAUCGUUUCUCGUUUAUGAUACUAUCAAAUUUGGAUUUUUUUAAUCAUUUUUUUUUCAAAUCUAGUUUGUGAAAAUGAGUUGGUAUGUUUUGCAAGAUACUCUGAGCCUAUUAAAAAAACAAGAUUUUUGUGUAAGCCCCUGUACCGUACCGGUAAACUUAGUAUGCCGUUUUUCUGUAAUUUUCCCAGCAAGUUUUUGUUUUUAUGGAACGUUUAUGUGAGUGUUUUUGGGAUUUUAUUUCGAAGGUUUGAGAAUGUGAAUUCAGCAGUUUUUGGUUUUGAAGGUUUUAUGGUUUUCAAGUGAAGAUGGUCUUGAAUGAAAUGCUAUUUUUAACGAAUAAAAACAUUUUGUACAGAA